AUGAAUUUCUCAUCAAAAAAAAUCGAAAACCUUCAAGAACUCAUCGAUAAAAUAAGAAACGAAAAUAAACUCUUAUUAAAAGAAAAAGAUGAAUGUGAAAAAACAGACCUCACUAAUAAACAAAUCAUCGAUGAAAAUAAAAACUUAAAAGAAAAAGAUUUUGAAAAAAAAAUAUCUGAAAUAAUGGUAGAAAUAUCUAAUGCAAACAGAGAACUUGGAGGUUUUUUAAAAAGCAAUAACCUCGAAAAAGAAAAAACACAUAUAGAUGAAUCGUUAGAUAAUUUUAAAAUAAUCUACAAUAAAACCGAUUUAUUAGAAACUAAAAUGGAUCUUAUCGUAGAAUUUAGCGAAACAAUUAAUAAUAAUAUAGUUUACAAUAAUAAAUAA